AUGGCUUAUUCUGGUUCAACACAGGACUUUGUCGCACUUUCAGAUCUGCAUCCAAGUCUUGCUCGUCCUAAUGUAAUCGGUGUGGUUAUUGGGAAAACAGAUGUCAGAGGCUUUCCAGACAGAAAAAACAUUGGUUCUGAAAGAUACACCUUCAGUUUUACUAUUCGUGAUUCACCAACUUACUUUAUAAAUGUAAAUUCUUGGGGCAAAGAAGAGUACAUUAGGUCCCUUUCAGAAAGCUUCAGAGUUGGUGACUGUGUUACAAUUGAAAAUCCUUUAAUUCAGUCAAAGGAAGCAGAAAGGGAAGAAAAAUUCAACCCUGCAACUCCCAGUUGCUACAAACUAAUCCUCAGUGAAAACCAUUCAGUUGUCAGAACGUUUUCCUGUUAUGAAAUGGACACCAAACUGCUUUCCCUGCUGCAUCUGCCUGUCAAGGACCCUCAGGAUUAUUAUUCACUGGGUGAUAUCACUGCGAAUGGACAAAGCCUUGAUGGAAAGAUCCUUAAUCUGCUUGCAGCUGUCAUGUCAGUUGGGGAACCAAAGUAUUUCAUGACUUCAGACAAAAGGAAAGGUCAGAGGUGUGAAGUAAAGCUGUAUGAUGAAACAGAGAUGUCUUUUCCAAUAGUAUGUUGGGAUAAUGAAUCCAUCCAGCUUGCACAGAGUUGGGUCCCACGAGAAACAGUGAUAUUUGCAGCAGAUGUGAGAAUAAAUUUUGACAAAUUUAGGAACUGUAUGACUGCAACUGUGAUAUCAAAAACCAUCAUUACAACUAAUCCAGAAACAGCAGAAGCAAAUGUUCUCUUCAGCUUCAUAAAAGAGAGUGCACAAUCAGGAGGCUUGUGUGACAAAAUGAUACAGCCCUCAAAAGACUCCGUUAACUUGGAGAUUAUAGUUGAUGUUUAUACUGUGGAACAGCUGAAGCAAAAAGCUUUGCAGAGUGAUGUGAAACUUGAACCCAUCUAUGGAGUUAUUUAUGGCUACAUUUCUACCCUGGACAUUGAUGAUAAUGCAUCUAAAGUUGUGCGCAACAGAUGUUCAACAUGUCAUUUCAUAGUGAACGAAGUGUCAAACACAUGCACUUUCUGCAGUGAUAUCUCUGCAGAUUUAAAGUCAACUUUUGCAAGCUUUGAGAUACUCGUUGAUGUGACAGAUCACACAGGCACUCUUCAUUCUUGUUACCUGUCUGACUGUGUGGCUGAGGAAGCAUUAGGAUGCACAGUCCAGGAAUUCCUUGCUCUAGCAGAGGACAAGAAGACUGCAUUGAAAUGGCAACUUCUUUUGGAACGAAGCAAAGUUUAUCUUAAAGUUACUCUGUCACCCAGCUGGAGAACUGGAAUGAAAGUAAAUGUUCUUUCAUGCAAACUGGCAGACCCUAUAGAGGCUAGUCAGAGCUUGCUGGGGAAAGAGACUGGAAGUGAUUGUACUUUAAAAAGUGUCCUGGGGCCUCAGCUAAAGCAAAGUUAG